AUGAUGGAAGAAAGGUACAAUCCAUUCACUGGCUACCAGACGCCGCGGCAUCAACAACAGAGUUAUCGCCACAACGGCGGUGCUAUGAGCCGUGGGGGCUGGGGAGAGAGAGUCGAUGCUCCAGCUGACAAGAUGAAGCCAGUCGAUUGGACAAGGGUAAAACUCGUGCCAGGCAGCUGGAAGGUGCUGGACACAAAAGCUAUUCAUCGUGCGGCACACGCAAAGGCGGAGGUUGUUCCAGCCAAACAACUCACAGAAGAGGAGUCCAACGAGUGGCGAGAAACGCACACGAUCUCCAUCUUUGGAGAAGGAUGCCCGCCACCCCUGUCCAACUUUGAUCAGCUCUCCGCAUUUGUACCGGCAUAUCUGCAAAAGAAACUUACUGCACAGGGAUUUACUUCCCCUACGGCGGUGCAGGCGCAAGCAUGGCCCAUUUUGCUGCGUGGCCGCGAUAUGGUGGGGGUGGCAAAAACAGGUUCUGGCAAAACACUUGCAUUUAUGGUUCCUGCGCUCGCUCAUAUUGCGAUGCAGGAACCACUGCGGACCGGUGAUGGCCCAAUGGUGGUUGUUCUUGCUCCCACCCGCGAGCUCGCCCAGCAAAUUGAACAGGAGACGAAAAAAGUUCUUCCCCACGAUUUGCGGUGCGGUUGUGUGUACGGUGGAGCACCAAAGGGGCCACAGCUGGGGAUUCUGCGCAACGGUGUGCACAUCCUUGUUGCGACGCCGGGACGACUAAUUGAUUUCUUAGAGAUCAAGCGGGUCAAUUUUUUCCGUGUGACGUAUCUUGUACUAGACGAGGCCGAUCGUAUGCUCGAUAUGGGGUUUGAGCCGCAGGUGCGCGCUAUAUGUGGCCAAAUACGCCCCGAUCGUCAGACGCUGAUGUUUUCGGCAACAUGGCCGAAAGAAAUUCAAAGACUGGCGGCGGAAUUUCAAAAAGAUUGGAUUCGCAUCAACGUGGGAAGCACGGAGCUUUUGGCGAACAAAGAUGUGACACAGCACUUUAUUCUCACCCAGGAACACGCGAAGAUGGAGGAACUGAAAAAACUCCUGGCAAAUCAUCGCAACCAGCGUGUGUUGAUAUUCUGCAAGACGAAGCGAACCGCCGAUGAUUUGGAGUGGCAACUGAAGCGAUGGGGAUAUGAUGCCAUGGCUAUCCACGGCGACAAGGAGCAGCGACAGCGCGAGUUUAUUCUGGAGCGUUUCAGAAAGGACCCAAGACUCUGCCUCGUGGCGACAGAUGUUGCCGCGCGGGGACUCGAUAUAAAAGAGCUGGAGACUGUCAUAAACUAUGACUUUCCAAUGCAGAUUGACGAUUACGUGCAUCGCAUUGGCCGCACAGGACGCGCAGGGGCAAAAGGAGAGGCGUUCACACUCAUCACGAAGAGGGAGCAGCAGAUUACACCGGCGGUAGUCACAGAACUUAUUGCGAUUGUUGACCGAGCGCAGCAGCAGGUUCCCGACUGGCUCCGUGAAUGGGGUGAGCAAAGGCCGCGCUAUCAGGUGAUGAAGCGCAACCGCAACAUGAUGGGGUUUGGCAGCAGCCGGCACAUGCCGGCUCUGUACAACGGCAACCGCGCCUCGUUUGACGCAGCGGGUGGUGGUCAUCCGGGGAAUAAUAAUGGAACUGCCGGCAACAAGCGAGGUGGGGAGGGCGGUGUGUUUGGCCUCGCACGCCACGGCAGCAAUGGCGCCGCCCCCUUCUCAUCCUCCCGGAUUGAGUACAAGCGGUUUGACGACAGCGACGAUGACGAUGGUGCCGCCCCACCAGCGAAGAAACGUUCAAAGUAA